AUGGUCGAGAUUGUCGCUCUCUUGUCAACUGCGCCCACGCCGCACUCGUUGAGUUCGGGGUUGCAUGUUGAGCAUGGAGCGAGUCCUGUAGCCGAGGAAGAGGUUGCAGAGGAUGUCUUCGUGGAGCUUGUGGUGGGGGAUGCUGUUGAUGUGGAAGAACUAGUUGGCGUAGAAGUAGUCUGCGAACUUGAAGUAGGCGGGCUACGGUUAUUCGGACUCGGCGGUUGGGUAGCAGUAGAGGAGCUGGUUGGAAACAAAGUGGGCGAAGAAGUAGACGAUGUCAGAGAGCUGCUUGUUGGAGUCGACGAAGUAGGAGUAAGAGUGCUCAAUGUGGGAGUGGGUGGCAUCAGCGAUGUAGGGCUACUAUCAGAGUCCGAAGAAGUCAGCUCAAUUGAGUCGGAAGAUGGGCAGGGCUCUUCUCCCCAGUCCUCCUCUCCACGCCAGUUUCCUGGCAUUCCAAGGACGUUGCUCAAUGAGAGCGUCCAAAGAAGAAUGGACCACAUUCUGGUGACGGAGAACUUCUGGGAAGAGUAA